AUGCCAAAAAAUUUCGAAUUCGAGAAGCAUAAAGUGAUGAGGGAUGCAUUGUUGGAAUUGAAAGCAAACAAUAUGCGCAAUGCAGGGUUAUCAUUUCUGGUCGCAGAUGAGUUUGAGAACACUAUUUACAUCCAAUCUUAUAAUGAUGAGGAUGAACUAUUGGGAAAGUUUGAGGAAUAUACGGAUCAAGCAAUGGAGGAAGAAACGUUAUUGGCUAUACAGAAUACUCCCACUGAAAAGAUCAAGGCGCCUAUAAAAAAUUUUCCUAAUCGAGUAAUGAAUAAUCAGGAAGGUAAACCACUGGUGGAGUGGAAUGGGAUUUUGAUUUAUAGUGAUAAGGGAUUUUUAUGCGAAGCAAAACACAAUAUGACGCUUAAUAAAGGAAUUCCCAAAGAAACUCGAGGCUACAGAAGGUCAGGAAUUCAAACAAUUGUUGGGAAAACAACACAUUGGGGUUGUUUAUGGGGCAAAUUCUCUGGUGAGGGAUCGAUGGUAAUAUUUCCAGGUGAUUGUAAG